GCACCAUUGGAUUACACAGACCAUGACUGGCAUCCUUGUCUUUUUACAAAUUGAGAGACAGAAUGAGAAGGUUCAUAAGCAAAGGAAAGGACAUGACUGGAUGAAAGUGACUGGAAAUGAGCAAAAUGCAAAAGCAAAGAUUUUGGCUCUCCAAAACCAAACCCCCAAAUCCCAUGCCACAAUAUCAUGCACUUUGUGCUGCAAUAGAAUGAUUGAGGGUAAUAAGUAUUCAGGGUUGUUGAGUCUGGCCUUUGACUGGUCUGCGCCCAGGCGGUCCAGGGUAGAUCGCGGUGGUGCCAUCUUUAGUCAGGUGAGAUAGCAAUCACCAGUGCUGUUCUCCACAUGAAACGAAAUUUAACAUCGU